UGCUUUGAGAACUUUGGUUGAAGAGUGGUAUAUACAUAUUUGUCGUCACUGUUGUAGUAUAUAUUAAGAAUUAUCCCGCCUCUUCAACAAACCCUUCUGUGCUUUUCAAGAGGGUUGGGCUAAUAUUGACAGAUAACUUUAGAGGAUAACACAUUAUUCGCCCAACAUUAGUUUCAUUAGGAACAUAAAUGGAUUGAAAUUACAAGGAAGCACAUUUAGGCUAGAUAUUAGGAGGAAUUUCCUGACUCUAAGAACUGUUCAACAGUGGAACAGUCUGCCUCUUGCAAUGGUGGGCUUUGCUAGAGGUUUUCAAACAGGUUUGAUGGCCAUCUAUUUGGGAUGCUGUAGCAAAUUCUUACUCUGAGUUGGGAAUUAAACUGGAAGACCUCCCAAGAUCUUUUCCAAUUCUAAAAUUGUUGCUUCUAUGUGUAAAAGAUGCUUAUCCUCUUCACUGCUUUAUGUGAAAAGGGGAAUUUGUAUAAUGCCUGAGCACAUUGGUGUACCAGAAGGAGGACUUCUUUGUAAAAUGGUAGAGGAGGAUUCCUGUAUGAGAUAGCUGAAAGUCUAGUAUCCUGCUGUUGGAGUGAGGUAUUUGGGAAAAAACUUACUGAUGCCUGUACUUAAAAGAGAAAAAAAUUCCCAAGUACCAAGUUUUAGGGAUGACUUGGAUUUUGUGUUUCUAACUACACCAUCUAGUUGACUUCCAAGAUCCCAGCCACACUGCAGUGGUCCUCAGGCCCCCUUAACUCUAUUCCCAAGAUUUCUGGUGAAUCAAAUCAAGAAAUCUGUUUCUUAACACUAAUGGGACCAGCAGAACUGCAUUUUAAGUAGAAGAUAAUGAACUAAGUGCAAUUCUGUGCACACUUCCUUGGGCGUACAUCCUACUGGACUCAGUGGGAUUUCUGAAUGAGGAGGAUAGGAUCGCGGGGCAUAGCUUUACUGACUGCUGAGGGGUUUAAUGGGGGCGGGGAGUGCAUGCUUGCAUGCUUUAAAAAAACGUGUUAGCCCUGGUUGCUACUUCAAUACAAAAUGAAAGUGAAAUGGUUAAAUAUAGCCUUUCUUUCUAAUACUGGGUAUUGUUAUCCAUUGGAAUAAUAGUGAAAAAGUGGAAGUUAUCUCCCACUUUCCUAAAGAAGUGCAAAAACGCUUUGUUAAUGCGGGUGGAAUCAAGGGUGAUGGUCCGUGUGCUGGUGUGUGUUUUAAACAACUACAAAGACGGCGCGCCUCAGACUAGUCCGAGCUUUCCUGUUCCGUUUGCCACUCAUGUAAAUCAGCCGCGCCCCAGUGGUAUCUAGAACCCUAUAUAUGGCCUGCUAUCUCCCACCACUAAGCCCUGUUGGGCCACCCAACCACCGCCUGGAGGCGCGCGACGUCUUAGCGCUCGCGGCACUUCUAUCGCCGCCUGGAAACAGGAACUAGAGGGAACCACCACUAACGGGCGUGUUUCUGGAGGAGCGCGCUAAUCGACGGACCUGGUGUACUAGUCAACGUGUCCCGGCCGGUGCUGCUACACCGGGCGGGGCGUCCUGCCGAGUAGGCAGGAGGAUGUUCCCGUCUCGGCGCAAGUCUAUGUACCGUCGCGCGGGCGGUGUGUCCUGCCGGCUGCUGGGCAUCCUCCCCUGGAAAUGCUCCCUCUUUCAGCUCUUCUUCAUUGCUCUGUUGCUGGGGUUUCUCUCCCUUUUAUGGCUGCAGCUCAGUUGCUCAACAGAUGUGACUAGAAGUCAAAGAUCUGAGGCCACGGUGAAAUCCUGCCCAUUUGAGCCUCUACCUCAGCUUCCUGAUGACCCAUCCUGGGGACCCCAUUGCCUGGCAGUGUUGGUGCCCUUUCGGGAGCGCUUUGAAGAGCUACUGGCCUUUGUGCCCCACAUGCAUCGCUUCCUCAGCAAAAAGAAAAUUUGCCAUCAUAUCUUCAUAAUCAACCAGGUGGAUCAUUACAGGUUUAACAGAGCAUCUCUGAUCAACGUGGGCUUCCUGGAGAGUGGCAAUGACACAGACUACGUUGCCAUGCAUGAUGUAGACUUGUUGCCUCUUAAUGAGGAAUUGGACUACAGCUUCCCUGCUCCUGGGCCCUUUCAUGUGGCGUCGCCUGAGUUGCACCCUCUCUAUCACUAUAACACCUAUGUGGGUGGCAUCCUCCUGCUCACCAAGCAGCACUACCGGAUGUGUAAUGGAAUGUCCAACCGCUUCUGGGGCUGGGGCCGAGAGGAUGAUGAGUUUUAUCGUCGCAUCAAAGGAGCUGGACUUCAACUCUUCCGGCCCUCAGGAAUAACAAGUGGAUAUAAGACCUUCCAGCAUCUACAUGAUCCAGCUUGGCGCAAGAGAGACCAGAAGCGUGUUGCUUCUCAGAAACAGGAGCAGUUCAAGGUGGACCGUACUGGAGGCUUGACCAACCUUCAGUACAGAGUGGAAUCACGCACUGUGUUGAGUGUAGCAGGAGCUCCCUGCACAGUCCUCAAUAUCCUGCUACAAUGUGAUCCUAAUGAGACACCCUGGUGUACAUUUGGCUGAGCUGCCCAUUGCAUAGACUGCCUGCUAUGUUGCUGCUGCUGCUGCUGCAGCUGGUUGCCAGGAUUGCAGGUGGACUCUCAAGAUGGAUCCUGCUGUGGGAGCCAACAACAGGGCAUAAUAGAUGCCCAUGGAUCAGAUCAUUAAAAAGAGAGAUGAGGAGCCACAUCAGUUGACAGGUUUAUGCAGAACAUGGCCUCUUCCCAAAUGGGUACUGCAAGUUGACAAUGAGUACAAAGGUGUUAGCAAGUAUAAAAGGACCAAGUGCCUGCUCAGCUUGCCAUUCAGAAGGAUGUUGAAUGAACUACCUACAUUUCAACAACUGAAGGAAAUGUGAGAGGCAAGACCAUGACUGAAUCAUUCUGUUUCUGCAAGACAGAGCUUGGAUGCCCAGGUGGUAAGGGGGGACACGAGUAGUCGAGGGCUGCAGACUUGGUUGGGAGAAUUUGCUGCCAAGGAUGAUACUUAAGGGACACUCUGUCAGAGUCAGUAUCUAGCUAGCUUGUUGGAAGUGUGCUUCCUUAUAUCCACCUCAUAUGCUAAUAUAUGCAUAGGUUCCUUCUGUAAAGCUCCCUGUGCACCCCCUCUUUUCCUACAGGGCACCUUGCUAGGUGGCCAUUGGGCUCAUUUGCUCUAGGAACAUGAACACCCCCUUCCCCAAGCCCAUCAGGAGGAGGGACAUCGUUCUCUGGGUUCUUUGGGGCUGUAAAAACUGCUGGUUUGUCACAAUGAGGGCAUUAAAGCAAGUAGACCCUGAAGGGACAUUAA